AUGCCCAAUGCUUUCUUCAUGGCUUCCGUAAUACUGCAAAACAGUGAAGAAGACUCCUACUCAUUGAGCGAAAAAGAGAUCAAGCUUCUGACUGCAGAGAUUGAUCGACUGAAGAACUUUGGGUGCUUGGGAGUGUCCCCGAGCUUGGAGGCCUUGCGAGAGGAAAACACAAAGCUUAAGUAUCGGCUGAAUUUUCUUAGAAAGAGCCUUCUGGACGAAAGAAAUAAGCCAGUAAAAAGCAUGAUUAACAUAAACGGCCGCCUUCAAAAGCUCUUUGGAGAGGCUAUCAAGGCUGCAUACCCAGAUUUAGAAAAUCCCCCUCUGGCGGUUACACCAAGUCAGCAACCCAAAUUUGGGGAUUACCAGUGUAACAGUGCAAUGGGCAUAACACAGAUGCUACAGAAAACCAAGGAACAGAAAGUGAACCCAAGAGAGAUUGCUGAUAACAUAGUGAAAAACAUCCCUGAUAAUGAAUGCAUUGCAAAGGUUGAAAUUGCUGGACCUGGUUUUAUUAAUGUCCACUUGAGAGAGGAUUUUGUGUCCAAACAGCUGAGCAAUCUACUGGUGAAUGGAGUUCAACCACCAGCCAUUGAAAAAAGAAAAAAGGUGGUGGUUGACUUCUCCUCCCCUAACAUUGCCAAGGAGAUGCAUGUUGGUCACCUGCGGUCAACCAUUAUUGGAGACAGCAUGUGUCGCCUGUUUGAGUUUGUGGGAUAUGACGUUCUGAGGUUAAACCAUUUAGGAGACUGGGGCACCCAGUUUGGAAUGCUCAUUGCUCACCUCCAAGAUAAAUUUCCAGAUUACCUGACUGUUUCACCACCGAUUGGGGACCUUCAAGCUUUUUACAAGGAAUCUAAAAGGAGAUUUGACACGGAGGAGGAAUUUAAAAAACGUGCCUACCAGUGUGUGGUGCUACUACAAAGCAAAAACCCAGACUUCAUUAAAGCCUGGAAACUCAUCUGUGAUGUAUCUCGGAAAGAGUUCCAAAAAAUCUACGACUGCUUGCACAUUACACUAAUAGAAAGAGGGGAAUCCUACUAUCAAGAUAUGAUGAAAGACAUUGUGCAAGAAUUUGAAGAAAGAGGAUUUGUGCAAGUGGAUGAUGGACGAAAGAUUGUGUUUGUCCCAGGAUGUUCUGUUCCCUUAACAAUCAUGAAAUCGGAUGGAGGUUUCACAUAUGACACAUCUGACUUAGCUGCACUUAAGCAAAGGCUGUUUGAGGAAAAAGCUGAUAUUGUUGUUUAUGUGGUGGACAGUGGCCAGUCAGUGCACUUACAAACAGUGUUUGCAGCAGCUCAGAUGAUUGGCUGGUAUGAUCCUAAAGUGACCAGAGUGGUCCAUGCUGCCUUUGGAGUGGUGCUGGGAGAAGACAAGAAGAAGUUUAAGACUCGUUCGGGGGACACAGUGCGACUCAUUGAUCUGCUGGAUGAGGGACUGAAACGAUCAAUGGACAAACUGAAGGACAAGGAGCGAGACAAGGUCCUAACAGCAGAAGAGCUGAAGGCUGCCCAGACAUCUGUGGCUUUUGGCUGCAUUAAAUAUGCUGAUCUCUCCCACAACAGGAUGAAUGAUUACAUCUUCUCCUUUGAUAAAAUGUUGGAUGACAGAGGCAAUACAGCUGCUUACUUACUCUACGCCUUCACUCGAAUCAGGGCUAUAGCACGUCUGGCCAAUAUUGAUGAAGAGAUGUUACAGAAGGCAGCUAGAGAAGCAGACCUAAUACUGGACCAUGAAAAGGAGUGGAAGCUAGGCAAGUGCAUUCUGAGGUUCCCUGAGAUUCUGCAGAAGAUCUUGGACGACCUCUUAUUACACACGCUCUGUGACUACCUCUACGAGCUGGCCACUACCUUCACAGAGUUCUACGAUAACUGUUACUGUGUGGAGAAAGACAGGCAGACUGGUAAGAUAGUAAAGGUGAACAUGUGGAGAAUGUUGCUCUGUGAAGCCACUGCUGCAGUCAUGGCAAAAGGGUUUGACAUCCUUGGGAUCAAACCCGUUCAGAAGAUGUAAGUUUCAGCACUUGAACCUCUCUCUUUUUUACAUGGCUACAGAAAAACUCUUGUGGCAGUUCUGUUCAACCCCAAUCUAAAAAUAAAACAAGAUUGCUAAGGUUG